AUGGCUAUGCAUCGUCCGUCGAUAGGAAGACGGGGCUCAAAAAAUGGUACAGAAAAAGAAGAAGAGGAAGAAACGGAAAAUAAUGGAUAUAUUCAAGUGUUUGUGAAGCCAUUAGAGCAAUGCAACUAUAGUUUUAUUUUUAAUUGGCUAGGGAUAAGCAAGGCUAAUUUUACAGCUCAACAACUGGGAAUACUGUAUGGAACUGGUGUUAUUUUAUCGUGUUUACUCUUAUAUCAGUUAUUAAAAUGCGAUGUAGGCUAUAUGUUUCAAAGAUUAUGUGCUCUCAUAGUUCCAAUGUUCAGCAUAUUAUGCGUAUUUUAUUGGUUAUCCUUGUUUUUUCGGCGUACAUGGAGCAACAUGAGUGUGUAUAUUUUGUUUUCAUCUUGUUACUUAGGAGAAACAUUUGCUCAAGUGUGUCAAAGAAAUUGGAGUGCAGGUGAGGGGUCAGACUCACAUGGGAUAUCAGGGACAGACAUAGCAGGACAUGUCAGUCAGCCACUUGUUAUUGUCACUGUAUUAUUGUCAGUCAGCGUUGCCAGUGUGUUUUCAUCCCUCGAAACUGUUCACAGUGCUGUUGUGAUUUUACUUGUCAGUUUCACAAGAUUUUUAUCCUGUUCAACAUUAUUAGACAUUCCCCAGACUCUCAGACCUUAUAUAGCUUACACAUGCGCUUUUGCAGGAAUUUUAGUUUCAAAAUAUAUGGAAACUGUUUUAAAACCCCCGAUUCAAAACAUAUUGACUCAAGAUGGGAAGAUUCCUGUCAUUAAAAGACGUAGAUCUAGCUCCUCUACCGCUCAUGGCUUCUCUGCUCACAGGUCAACAAGAAGAACAUCAUUACCUGCCCUUAUUAAUAAAAACCAGUAUAUACAGGAUUCUAAAUUAAAUUAUUUCGAUUAUUGA